AUGCCUUCCGAGACACCCCAAGCAGAAACGGGGUCUGAAGGGUGCCCCCACCUCUCAGGGGCACACCUAGGGAAAGGGAGCCUGGAGAAGGGACCUCCGGGGGACAAGGAAGCCAAGGAGCGCCUGUGGAUCCGUCCCGAUGCCCCAAGCAAGUGUUCCUGGCAGCUGGGCAGGCCGGUCACUGACUCCCCUCAUCACCACACUGUCUUGCUGCUGUUGGAGGCUGGAUUCCAGCUUGUUCCAGCGGAGGCCUGUUUGGGCCCCCAGGGUGGACUGCAGCCUCUGGCCCCCCUGGGGAGCUGGGAAGAAGUGGCCAAGUGUGAGUUCUUCAACGCGGGCGGGAGCGUGAAGGACCGUAUCAGCCUGCGCAUGAUUGAGGACGCCGAGCGGGCCGGGACCCUGAAGCCCGGGGACACCAUCAUUGAGCCGACGUCCGGGAACACAGGGAUCGGGCUGGCCCUGGCUGCCGCCGUGAAGGGUUACCGCUGCGUCAUCGUGAUGCCGGAGAAGAUGAGCACGGAGAAGGUGGAUGUGUUGCGGGCCCUGGGGGCCGAGAUUGUGAGGACGCCCACCACGGCCAGAUUUGACUCCCCGGAGUCCCACGUGGGGGUGGCCUGGAGGCUACGGAACGAGAUCCCCAAUUCUCACAUCCUGGACCAGUACCGCAACGCCAGCAACCCCCUCGCUCACUACGACACCACCGCCGAGGAGAUCCUGCAGCAGUGUGACGGGAAGUUGGACAUGUUGGUGGCUUCGGCGGGCACGGGUGGCACCAUCACGGGCGUCGCCAGGAAGCUGAAGGAGAAAUGCCCAGGAUGCAAAAUCAUCGGGGUGGAUCCCGAGGGUUCCAUCCUCGCAGAGCCCGAGGAGCUGAACCAGUCGGAGCAGACGGUCUACGAGGUGGAAGGGAUCGGCUACGACUUCAUCCCCACGGUGCUGGACCGGACGACGCAGGUCAGGCUCGUGGGUCGACCAGGUGCCCCCACGGCACUCCCUGCUGGGGUCUCCGAGGCCCGGCUCCCCGGCCUCACCCUGCAGUCCCCGCCGGCCGCUCGGGGUCUCGGCUGGAGCCACGGUGUCCCGUCCAAAUUCCUGAGUGACAAAUGGAUGAUGCAGAAGGGCUUCCUGAAGGAGGACGACUUCACCGUGACAAAGCCGUGGUGGUGGCACCUGCGAGUUCAGGAGCUGAGCCUGUCGGCCCCGCUGACGGUGCUGCCCACGGUCACCUGCGAGCACACCAUCGAGAUCCUCCGCGAGAAGGGCUUCGACCAGGUGCCCGUGGUCGACGAAUCAGGGGUGAUCCUGGGGAUGGUGACCCUGGGGAACAUGCUGUCGUCCCUGCUCGCUGGGAAGGUUCAGCCAUCAGACCAAGUUCGAAAAGUCCUCUAUAAGCAGUUCAAACAGAUCCGGCUGACGGACCCGCUGGGCAAGCUGUCGCACAUCCUGGAAAUGGACCACUUCGCCCUGGUGGUCCACGAGCAGAUCCAGUACCACAGCAACGGCAAGUCCAGUCAGAGGCAGACGGUGUUCGGGGUCGUCACUGCCAUCGACUUGCUGAACUUCGUGGCCGCUCGGGAGCGCGACCGGAAGACCAAGUCAGGAAGCACCUCGGAGCCCAGACCUGCGGGGGCCACGGUACAGCUCUGA